AUGCUCUCUGUCUCGAGUCGGCGCUCUCUUGCGCUCGCCAAGCAGCUCCAGCCGCGCGCGCUGGCUGGCCGCAGCAAGGUCUUUGAACAGCACCAGCGCACGUUCUUUGGCCUCGGCGACUUCUUCAAGUCGCUCGUUGGCAACGACGAGCCGAAGAAGAAGCAGCUGGAAGCGCCCAAGGAGCCCAAGGCCAAGGCGCCCAAGGCGCCCAAGAUCGAUGUUGUCGCCGAGCCUGUCUACGUGCCCCGCCCGCAAUUGCCGGUGCAGUACGCGGUCGGCAAGUAUGCAACCCUUGCCGAUGGCAGCGUCAUGGCCCGCUGGGGCGACUCGAUGCUUUUGACGACGGUCGUGAGCGAAAUGUCGGCCAACCACGAGAAGGACUUUCUCCCGCUCAUGGUCGACUACCGCGAAAAGUACUCGGCGACAGGUACGAUCCCCGGUGGCGUCAAGCGCCGCGAGAUGAUGGGCACCGACGCCGAGAUCCUCAAGAGCCGCAUCGUCGAUCGCAUCGUGCGCCCGCUCUUCCCCAAGGGCUACUGCAACGAGACGCAAAUCAUUGCGACUGUCCAGUCGUACGACAUUGACCACGACCCGGUCGUGCUUGCUGUCAACAGUGCGUCGGCGGCGCUCACCACGUCCAACAUUCCGUGGAACGGUCCCAUCGGCUGCGUCCGCGUCUGCAACGUCGAUGGCCGCCUCGUGUGCAACCCGACGGCCGACGAGAAGGCGCGUGCGACGCUCGACGUGCUGUAUGCGGCGACGUCGACGCGCACCGUCAUGAUUGAAGCCGAGGGCCUCGAGAUCUCAGAGGCCGCGAUGCAAGACGCGCUCCGCUUCGCCCACGAGCACGUGCAACCCAUCAUCGCCGAGCAGCAGGCGCUGCCUGCCAAGGCCAAGCGCACGUUCACGCCGUUGGUUGUGCCGGACGAUCUCGCCGCGGUGGCGCAAGCGCUCCUGCCCGAGCUGCAGACGCGCUUGUCGAGCCUGCAAGCACCGACGACCAAGUCGCAGCGCCAAGUGCUCGAGAACGACUGCUACUACUUUGUCAAGCAACAGCUCUACAAGACGCACGCCGAGCUCCUCCUUGCCAACAAGCCGCUCUUCACGAUGGUGUCGCACGACCUCGUGCAAGGUGCGCUGCGCGCCAACCUGCUCCAGGGCAAACGCGUCGACGGCCGGAACGCCGAACAAGUGCGGCCGCUCAGCAUGGAGACGGGCCUCCUCCCGCUCGUGCACGGGUCGUCGGUCUUCUCGCGUGGUGACACGCAGGCGCUGUGCACCGUGACGCUGGGCCACGUCGACCAAGGCCUCAAGGUGCGGUCGGCGAUUCGCGACAACGACGACUAUGAGCUCAAGAACGCGAUGCUGCACUACGAGUUCCCGCCGUACUGCGUCAACGAAACCGGCAAGAUCGGCGGCAUCAACCGCCGCAUGCUUGGCCACGGUGCUUUGGCGGAGAAGGCGGUUGUGCCGCUCUUGCCGUCGGUGCUGGACUUUCCGUUUACGAUCCGCAUGACGUCCGAGACGAUGGGCUCGGACGGCUCGUCGUCAAUGGCGAGCGUCUGCGGCGUCUCGAUGGCGCUCCUCGAUGCCGGCGUUCCGAUCAAGUCGCCCGUGGCUGGCAUCUCUGUCGGUCUUGUCACGCCGGGAGACCUCUAUGACGGCCAGGCGCCGAUCGACGAAUACACGCUACUGACGGACAUCCUCGGCAGCGAAGACCACUAUGGUGACAUGGACUUCAAGAUUGCGGGCUCCAAAGACGGCAUUACGGCCAUCCAGCUCGACGUCAAGCUGCCCGGCGUGCCCCUUGACAUUCUGUGCGAAGGCAUUUCCAAGGCCAAGGUUGCCCGCAUGGACAUCCUGUCGCAAAUGAACAACGUGCUUGCCGAGGCGCGGCCCAUCAAACCGGUCAAGGUGGCGUCGUCGACGAUCGUGCACAUUGAUCCGGCGAUGCGCGGCGCGCUCAUUGGCACGGGCGGCAGCAACAUUCGCGAGAUCGAAGCGGCGACUAGCUGCACAAUUUCGUGCAAGGACUCGGACGGGCUCGUCGAGAUCUUUGGCAAGGGCGACGACAACAUUGAGCUCGCCAAGGCCAUGAUUGCCGAGUCGACGUUCAUGUUCCGUCGCGGCCAGCGCGUCGAGGUCGUGGUGCAGACCAUCAUGGACUUUGGCUGCGUCGUCGUGCCCAAGUUUGCGUACGGCAAAGACUCGGCCAACGGCAAGGCCAAGCAAGGCUUUAUCCACAUCUCGGAGAUGGCACACUCGCCCGUGCGCAAGGUCUCGGACGUGCUCAUGACGGGCCAGACCCUUGAUGCGUGGUGCAUAUUCGCCGAGAAGGAUUCGGCCAAGCUCUCGAUCAAGGCGCUGUUGCACCCCGUGACGGGCGCGACCCUCGGCGACGCGGAAGCUAUGCAGUUCACCAAGGAGCGCGAAGACGAGCGCCGCAAGCAGCGGGCGGCGUCGGGUUUCACGCCCAACAGCCCGCGCAGCACGCACGCCAACCCGUCCGCGCGCCGUCCCCGCCACAACUCGCCUCGCCACUCGAACAACAGCAGCAGCAGCAGCAACUAA